AUGAUCUUGUUAUGUGUAACUGGGACUAGGCAUAACAACACAGAAAAAAGGUUAAUGUCGGCAGCCUCGGGAGUUCCAAACCAGGCGGCUACUAGGCCUUCGGCGCACCCCACUAUGAAGUCCCCUAAAGGGUCUUCAAGUGUUGAAACAAGCGUCACUAAGCUUCUCAUGUCUACAAAGCAUUUACUUCAAAGUUUAACCCAUUGGUCAAAGGGUCUAGCAAAUGAACGUAAUGUAUCUGAUGCAUACGUACAGCUUGGAAAUGACUUCAAGCUGCUAACAAAGCAGUUUUCUCACGCGGGCUUGGAAGUCUCAGACUUGGGGGACGUUCCUUCAAACUUGAGACAGGUUUUGGAGGUCGCCCUUCGUGAGCAACCUUCUGAGAAGACCCUGGACAAGUACUUGCCGAGAAUAAGAGAGAUCGUUGUGACAUUGUUAGAAAAGCUUAAAGUCAAGCAGAGCAUGCUGAAAGGGAUGCGUCAAACCAAUCAGUCACUUUCUUCAAGGAAUUCGAGAUCGAGUUCCGCCGUCAGUGUCGUUUCAGGCCGCACUACGCCGUCGAACAGGGAAGUUGACAGAUCUGCCUCAUCUUCUGCAUGCGCUUCGCCGCACAGGUCCCCAGCGGCUACCAGCACCCCACACAAACUUGAAAAGCAGCUCUCAAUAAGCAAUUCAAGAACGGCAGAAGAGCCAAACGCCGCAUUAGCACAGUUAAAAAAUAGCGAUACACUUCAGCGUAGGGCCUCCAAGCGAUUCUCGGCCUAUCACAUUGCAAAAUUAACACAUCAAUCAGCAAGCGAAGCAGCAGCAAUGGUAACUCCGCCACACUCCAUUGAAGGGAGCUCAAAGGAAGCAGAAGGCUCAUAUUCAAUGGUAGAAAAAAAUGACAAUGAGCCCGCGUUGCUCAAUAGUGUACAACCAACACCGCAGGAACCCGAAAAUAGACUGGUCAAUGUGUUUCUAAAGCUUGACGGAAAAGUUAAAAAGUGCACUUUAGAUCUCCCAACAUCAUUCACUUCCCUGAGACUUUUGUUUGUCGAAAGGUUUACUUACACGCCGGGGUCCAGUAAUUUUCCUGAAAUAUACAUUAAAGAGCCGGCCUAUAAGGAAUAUUAUGAGCUAGAAGCGAGUCAGCUUGAUAAAAUCAAGGACGGCUCUGUACUCUCGCUUCAGUCAAUAGAAAACUCAAAAUGCUCGACGGCCACUAUGAGUUUUGAUAGACUAUGCGAAGAGUUCGAAAAGGGGCUGAAAAAUCACCAAGCCGCGAUUUUUGCCGAAAUUCAGAGCCUUCGAAAUUCAGAACCUCAUUCUGCAAGCCUUUCUAGUUCCCAACGAAAAAGCAGUUCAUGUUCUUCUGCUGAAAUCGAGGAUAUUAGGCGUCAGCUUUCCAUUCUAAAUCAAAUACACAACGCAAAGCAGAAGAGCCUUGAAGAGAAUGUGACAAACAUUUUAGAAAAAGUAGCAAAGUUCAAGAGCCUCUCGUUCAAUUCCUCUACAACUACUAACAGAGUCUACAUGGAAAAGAGUCAUAUGAAACUAUCUGAAGUUUCAGACAACUUGCUCGGAAAAGUUGAUGACUUACAAGAUGUCAUUGAGGCCUUGAGAAAAGACGUUGCAGUGAGAGGCUCGAAGCCUUCAAGGAAAAAGCUCGAUGGUGUUAGGACAGAACUUGAAGAGGCACAAGCGAACCUUGAUAGAAUGCAGGAAUACUUGUCGAUAGAGAAACCCAAUUGGAAAAAAAUCUGGGAAAGUGAACUUGAGAAGGUUUGUGAAGAGCAACAGUUUCUCACACUACAGGAAGAACUUGCAUUAGAUUUUAAAGAAGACCUUGAAAAGGUUCGCGAAACAUUUGGCCUGGUCAAGAUGUGUUGUGAGGAAAAGGAGAAAAACCCGAAGAAAAAUCACAAUCCAAUUCUUCCGAUAGCUAAGCCAGGCACAUUUAACCAGCUUCGGGAAGCGGUCUUGAGCGAAGUGCAAUCUCUGCACCCAGACCAUGAAGAAAGAUUAGAAGCCAUUGAAAAGGCAGAAAAGCUCAGAAUGAGAGAAAAAGGCUACAGAGACAACAGUGCGUUCGAAGACGAACUUGGAAGUUUUGUCGUUAACAAUAAUUUCAAAAAAUCUGGGGGCAUUGACGAAAUAGAAAAGCUUCGUCGCCAAAAAGAUGAGGAUAAUAUUAGAGCUACGUUUCGGCCCUCAAACUUCUAG